CUUGUUCGUAUCCUAUCAGUGAGGGUGCCUGCCAAGCUUGCAGCUCGUCGAGCCCUACUCAAGGCUUUUUUAUUGACGAAAAACUAAUUUUAAAUUAUAAAAAUCUUCUUUUGGACAAACAUAAAAUGGCUUAAUUGAUUGCGCUUAAUCAUGGAUAAAAAAAAUGCGCUGAAUUCAAGCUGGGCUUUGGCAUUUAAAGAUGCCAAAAUCUGAUCUGACCAGUAACACUUCUAGCAUGGCCCCCUCUUGAAGCAGUCCGCAUCCUCUAAACCACUUUGGGCCAUCUUUUGCGAACAAGGGCGACAGGUUGAGAGUAAUCUUUUUUUAUUUUUUUAUUUUCUCUCUCCAGGUUUUUGCAGUUGCAGCAAUGUCUAAAACCCUUCCUGUGUCAGAAACUUCAAACUUGACCAUAUCAUUAUCACCUUUGCCAUUUAAAAUUAUCUUAUUUUCCUGCUCAUGUUGCUGGAAAAUCCCAUAGCUCUCUCCACCUUUUUAUCUAUUUUUUUAAUAUUUCAAGUCACCUAUUUCAACACUUUUAUCUUGCAAGCUUAUAAAUAUGCUAUGGAGAUACAACUUGGGCUUCCUCCAUUCAACACCAAGAAUCCUGAUCCUCAAAGCAUUGCCUUUCAUGUCAUUUCACCAUGUUUCAUCAGCAGAGGUAAGUUCAAACGACAAAAGUCAAAAUUUUUCUUGGGAAAAAAGGAGAAUUACCAUUACAUCUCAGAUUGUUCACUCUACACUACUGAACUGCCCUUCUAAUUUGAUUGCUUUGAGCUUUUUCUUAUGGUGUGCUAAGCAACCCAAUUAUUUUCAUGACGCUCAAGCAUUUGAUUGUAUGGUUAAUGUUCUCACUCAGUUAACUAAAAAGUAUGUAACUUUGAGAAGAAUUGUUGGGGAAUUAGAAAAUGUUGGUUGUGUGAUAAAGCCACAAACUUUCUUGCUAUUGUUGAGGAUUUAUUGGCGUGGUGGAUUAUAUGGAAUGGUUUUUGAGACUUUUGACGAAAUGGGUACUUUUGGUUUUACUCCAAAUACAUUUGCACGUAAUGUAAUCAUCGAUGUUUUGUUUAAAAUCGGGCAGGUUGAUGUAGCUAUCAAGGUUUUGAAAGAAACCCAGUUCCCGAAUUUCUUGACUUUUAAUAUUGCCUUGUGUAAUUUAUGCAAGUUGCGUGAUUUGUCUAAUAUGAAGGAUGUUAGCAGAAGAAUGUUCCUGGAGGGGCAUUAUCCUAAUGUUAAGACAUUGGAGAUGAUUUUGAAUUGUUUCUGUAAACUGGGUAGGCUAGCUGAGGCAUCUCAAGUGUUGGGUUUGAUGAUUACUUUAGGAAUUUCUGUAUCAAUAAAUGUUUGGAGUAUAUUGAUUGAUGGGUUUUGUCAAUUGCGUCAACCUGGUAUGGCAAAUGAUUUGUUUGAAAAGAUGCUUGGGACUGGUUGCUCUCCUAACAUAGUGAUUUACACUACUUUGAUCAAGGGAUUCUUGGAUUCCCAAAUGCUUACUACUGCUUCUAACAUUCUAACUAGAAUGGAAUCUGAUGGAUAUGUUCCUGACUUGGUUCUCUGUAAUGUAUUAAUAGAUUGUUUAUCUAAGGUUGGGAGGUAUGAUGAUGCAUUUGGUAUUUUUGUCAGUUUGUCAGACAGACAAUUGGUUCCUGAUUCUUAUACAUUUUGCUCUUUGUUAUCCAACAUUUGUUUGUCUCGGAGGUUUUCUCUUUUACCUAAGAUAGCUAGUGGACUUGCAAUAGAAGCAGACCUGGUAGUUUGUAACUCACUACUAAACUACUUUUGCAAGGCUGGCUAUCCAUUGCAUGCUGUAGAGUUAUAUGAUUACAUGCUUGAUAGAGGUUUUACACCUGAUAAGUAUAGCUUUGUUGGAUUACUUAGUGGGCUGUGUGGAGCAAGAAGAAUUGAUGAAGCUGUUAAUGUAUAUAAAGGAAUAAUAAUGUAUUGCCCUGGUCUUGAUGCUCAUGUCCAUACUAUUAUCAUAGAUAGGCUCAUAAGAGUUGGUAAAUAUCACAGAGCCAUCAAGUUGUUUAGGAGGGCACUCGUAGAGAAAUACCCUCUAGAUGUUGUAUCUUACAAUGUUGCCAUCUAUGGACUUCUCAAGAGUGGAAGGAUAGGAGAAGCUUCUAUUUUGUACAGCCAGAUGAAGGAUGUUGGCAUUUUACCUAAUGCAUGCACAUAUAAUCUGGUUAUCUCUGGUUUCUGCAGUGAAAGAGAUGUCAAAAUGGUCAAACAGUUGAUGCAAGAAAUCAGUGAGGCAGAAGUUGAGUUGGACCAUAAUACAAUGAACAGUGUAACUAAACUAUUGUUCAAAUCACAUACAUAUCCUUCAUCCUACAAUCAAUUAAUUGAAAUGUGGAACUCAGGCUGGAUUCCUGAUGAGGCAAUGCACGCAGAAUUCUCCAAGGGGCUUGCAUAUGGUGUAAACAUAGGUCACGCUCAUCAUUUGUUCUUGAGGGAUAAACUAGUGGUAGACUCAUCUAGUUCUGAUGACCUUCCUGAUGUGGCUGCUUCUGUGGUCUGAGCUAUUGUUUGUGAAUACAGAGCUGCUUUGAUUCUCUGUAGCUGUGGAUACCAUCAGAAUGUAGUUCUAACUAUAAAGGUACAACUGAUAGCAAACUCCGAUUGCAAUACAUGCAAUUAUUAGCUGAUAUCUUCAAGAUAUUGCCAAACUUGUUGAGCUGUGUUUCACCUGUGGGCAAAUUAUCAUAGGUGAAGUUGUGGAUUUCAUGAAGAUUUUCUUCAAAGGAAUUGCCCUAUGAAAUCCCCAAAUAAUUCCAAAGCCUGAGAUCUGAGCCAUAACGUGAGAGUCUCUCCAUCCAUCCACCUAACUGACAUUCUUCUGAAUUCCAAAGCUUCAUAGGUCUUCCUUCUCUGAUUUAUUUAAUUCGGAGUCUUUCAUUGAAGUUUUUAGACUAUAUAUCCUUUUUUCAGGUUGAAUUCCUCUAACAUGGCAAGCAGCAUAGUCUUAGAAGUUAUAAGCUGUUGUUUGCAGGCUUACAUCCAUUGAAAGAUGAAGAUAGUAUCAUAGCAUUUAUACCAUCAUCCAGAAAUAAAGAAAACACCAAGAUCGAAAAAUCUUUGCAACUGGUACCCGUAAAAAGGCUUGAGUAGUGGUGACUAGGCUGCCAAAAUUUUGGCAGUAACAAUCGUUCUUUUGUGACAAAGGAUCUAAUUUUUCAGCAUCUUCAAGAUGAAGAUGGAUGAAUGCAGAAUAAGAGAGGGACAUCUAGAAAGAUCACAAUGGAAAGGGGCUAAAAAUUCUGUCAAAUCUUCUAAUGGUACUGUCCCUUUCCCAUUCUGUCAGCUUCAAAUGUUACUCAUUCAUGUAACUAUGAUAGUAGUCUGUUUUGCUGGUGUGACAUUUAUGCUGCCUGUGUCUCUUUUUUGCUGCUGAGCAUGUUCAUGCGGCUUACAGAGCAUGAUCUCCUUUGUAUUUUAAUAGUGUACUAAAAAUAGGGUUAGAAGUUAGUAGUAUCCAUACUUGUGUUAUGUUCAUUAUCUUUCAACUUGAAGGUUACAAGAGCUCAUGUUAACAAGACAGGAUCAGUACAUGUUCUUUGCGGAUUGCUCUUUCUUCUUUUGUUUUUAUUUGGAUUAGAGUUAUGUAUUUUUUUGACUUACGGUUUUAGUCAAUCGAUUGAUGUGACAAAAAUAUUUAAUAUGGUUGUGACAUAUGGCAAAAUAAUAAUAUAAUUUUUAAAUAAAAUU